ACACACACACAGCAGAUACCUGUCACUGCUUGUCUCCUCUGGGCAGAUGGCUAGUUGCUCGUGAGUCCCUUCGCACCAGAGCCUAGUCCAAUUAGCUCCUUUUUUUCUCUAAAAACUGAUAAGCUAAGGGGUCAGUGUUCUGAAAAGGCCACCUGCCUUCGGAGUAUGAAGAGUGUUGGCCAGAGAGUGAGGGGGGUUCUAUUUAGUGUUUGGUCCCAGGCAGGGCCAGGGUCCUCACAGCCUCACCUUUGGACGGCUACUGUUCCAGGUCUUGAACUUCGAAGUGCCUUUGUUUUGGCAGGUGGCAGAACAAAAACUGAGAAAGGAUCAAAAAAAAGAAAAAAGAAAAGAGAAAAGCAUUACGGUGGGUUCCAGGAAACCCUAGGACUCCUCUGCCUGCAGAGACAACCUUAUUGGGAAUUCUGAGAAAAAAAAAAGAGAGUGGUCAGUUUCUUUACUGCAUGCUUGAGAAACUAGACUCUGGAGUGCUUAAGAAGAGAGAGCUGCCAGGCAAUAAUAGAAACUUUAAAGAGGAGGCAUUCAAACAGUAAGAAUUGAUGCCGAGUAUUGGUUCCAAGGAAGAAAAUUGGUGAGGGCUAGGCAACUCAGGCACAAUCCAAUUAUACCUAAAAGGCUAUCAGCGAUUCAAGAAAUUCUGGUUAUCCAGGGGACAGCUGGAAGGUUAUUGACAGAUGAGGAAACAGAACUAAGUGACUUGCCCAGUGGUCAUCCAGUUAACUUAGAAGAAUGCCUUCCAGAAGUAGCUACCCUGAAAACAUAUCCGAAACACAGACAAGCAAAUACAGUGAAGAUCUUGCCAUACCAGGCACCAAAACAAUGAAGAUAGGAAGCAAAAGGAAAGCUUUUGGUGCUGAAAGCAGUCCUGUCCUCAGAAGUCCCAAAUCAGACACAAAACAGAAUGGAAGUUCUUCCAAAGAAGCCAAUCUCUCUAGAGAUGACUUGUUAUUCCUCCUAAGCAUUCUCGAAGGGGAAGUGCAGGCUCGCGAUGAAGUCAUUGGCAUUUUAAAGGCUGAAAAAAUGGACUUGGCUUUGCUAGAAGCUCAGUAUGGGUUUGUCACUCCAAAAAAGGUGCUGGAGGCUCUCCAGAGAGAUGCUAUCCAAGCAAAGGUUGCUCCAUGGCAGGAGGACAUCUAUGAGAAACCAAUCAAUGAGCUGGACAAAGUUGUUGAAAAGCAGAAAGACUCUUACAAACAAAUGAUGGAACAGCUUUUGAUGGUAGGAAAAGCUCACAGACAAACGAUAUUGGAGUUAGAGGAGGAAAGAAGAAAACACACAGAAUAUGUGGAGAAGAGUGAUGAAUUCAUAAAUUUGAUGGAACAAGAGAGGGAAAGACACUGGCCACUUCGAAUCACCAUAUGCCAAUGCUGGAAGGGAAUGAGUCCUUUUGACAAAUUUAAAAAGCUAAUAGACCAAGAAACAUCAUACCACAAACAAAGAGAAAAGGAGAACAGGAAGAAAGUCGUUGCACUGAAGGAGGAGCUGACAAAACUAAAAUCAUUUGCUUUGAUGGUUGUGGAUGAACAACAGAGGCUCACUGAACAGCUGACCCUCCAGAGUCAAAAAAUCCAAGACUUGACCACGACUGCUGAGCAAGCACAGAAGAAAUUAGCCAUUGCUGAAGCCAAAGCUCAGGAAGAAGAGCACAAGGUGAGCAAACUAGAAAGAGCACUGCAAAGAGAAACCAAAGAGCUCCAGGAGAGCCAAGAAACAACAAUGGCCAAACUCACCAAUGAGGACAGCCAAAACCGGCAGCUUCGGCUAAAGCUGGCAGCCCUCAGCCGUCAAAUUGAUGAGCUAGAAGAGACAAACAGGUCUUUACGAAAAGCAGAAGAAGAACUGCAGGAAAUAAGAGAAAAGAUGAAUAAGGGAGAAGGUGGUAAUUCUAGCAUCCUGGCAGAAGUGGAAGAACUCAGGAAAAGAGUAUUAGAAAUAGAAGGCAAAGACGAAGAACUCAUAAAAAUGGAAGAGCAGUGCCGAGAGCUCCACCAAAGGCUGGAAAAGGAGACAUCACAGAGUAAGGACUUUAAAUUGGAGGUAGAUAAACUCAACAAAAGGAUUAUGGAUUUGGAAAAAUUGGAAGAUGCCUUUGGCAAAAGCAAACAGGAGUGUCAUGCUCUGAAAUGCAAUCUAGAAAAAGAAAAGAUGACAACAAAGCAACUGUCUCAAGAACUGGAUGGCUUAAAAGUUAGAAUCAAAGAAUUAGAAACCAUUGAGAGUAAACUAGAGAAGACAGAAUUCAUCCUAAAAGAAGAUUUAACUAAACUGAAAACACUGACAGUGAUGCUGGUUGAUGAACGGAAAACAAUGAGUGAAAAAAUGAAGCAAACGGAAGAUAAGCUACAAGCCGCUACAUCUCAGCUUCAAGUGGAACAAAGCAAAGUGAACUUGGUUACUGAAAAGUUGAUUGAGGAAAGCAAAAGAGCACUGAAGUCCAAAUCAGACAUAGAGGAAAAGGUGUACAAUGUGACCAGAGAGAGGGAUGAACUUAAAACCAAGCUUAAAGCCGAAGAAGAGAAAGGAAAUGAUCUCUUGUCAAAAGUUAGCAUGUUGAAAAAGAGACUCCAAUCAUUAGAAGCUAUAGAGAAAGAUUUUCUCAAAAACAAAUCAAAACAAGAGACCGGUAAGUCGACAAUGGUGGUACAUCAAGAAAACAAUAAAAUCAAAGAGCUUUCCCAAGAGGUGGAGAGGCUGAAGCAUAAAUUAAAAGACAUGAAAGCUAUCGAAGAUGAUCUCAUGAAAACUGAAGAUGAAUAUGAGUCUCUUGAGCGACGCUAUGCUAAUGAAAGAGACAAGGCUAAAUUUUUAUCAGAGGAACUUGAGGAUGUUAAAAUGGAACUUGCCAGGUACAAGUUAGCAGAAAAGACAGAGUCCAGUCAGGAACAGUGGCUUUUCAAAAGGCUUAAAGAGGAAGAAGCCAAGUCUGGACACCUCUCACGGGAGGUAGAUACACUGAAGGAGAAAAUUCAUGAAUACAUGGCAACUGAAGACUUAAUAUGUCAUUUACAGGGUGACCACACAAUUCUACAAAAGAAACUCAAUCAACAGGAAAAUAGAAAUAGAGACUUAGGAAGAGAGAUUGAAAACCUCACCAAAGAAUUAGAGAGGUACCGGCAUUUUAGUAAGAGUCUACGACCUAAUCUUAACGGAAGAAGAAUUUCUGACCUUCAAGUAUUCUCUAAAGAAGUCCAAACAGAACCAGCAGACAAUGAACCUCCUGAUUACAAAAGUCUCAUUCCUUUGGAACGAGCUGUAAUCAACGGGCAGUUAUAUGAGGAAAGUGAUAAUGAGGAUGAAGAUCCCAAUGACAAUGAGUCAGCUGUAUCCUUCAAAUGUAACUCAUCUACCACACACCCAGUCAAUAGGAAGCUAUGGAUCCCUUGGAUGAAAUCCAAGGAAGGCCAUCCUCAGAAUGGAAAAAUACCAGCCAAACAGAAUGGAAGUUAUGUUCAGCCUGGGGAUCUGGUCCUAAGUCACACACCUGGUCAACCUCUUCACAUAAAGGUUACUCCAGACCAUGGGCAAAAUACAGCCACCCUUGAAAUCACAAGUCCUACUACAGAAAGUCCUCACUCUUAUACGAGCACUGCAGUGAUACCCAACUGUGGAACCCCAAAGCAAAGGAUAACCAUUAUUCAAAAUGCCUCCAUAACACCAAUGAAGUCAAAGACCUCUACUGAGAGCCCCAUAAACUUAGAGCAAGGCACAUCCCCUAUUUCCCUGGCUACUUUUGCCAGAGCAUCAACCCCAGAAUCCUGUGGCUCCAUAACUCCGGAAAGGACAAUGUCUCCCAUUCAUGUCUUGGCUGUGACUGGCUCUGCAAGUUCUCCAGAACAGGGACGGUCACCAGAGCCAGUGGAAAUAGGUGCCAAACAUGCUGUCUUUAGAGUUUCUCCAGAGAGACAAUCAGCAUGGCAGUUUCAAAGGUCAAACAGCAAUAGUUCAAGUGUGAUAACUACUGAGGAUAACAAAAUCCACAUUCACUUAGGAAGCCCUUACAUGCAAGCUGUGGCGAGUCCAGUGAGGCCUGCAAGUCCUUCUACUCCACCACAAGAUAACCGAACUCCAGCCCUAAUUAAUGGAUCAGCAGGCAAACCAACCAACAAAGUCACCAGCAGUAUUACUAUCACACCAACGACCACUCCUCUCCCUCGACAAUCACAAAUUACAAUCAAGGAGGUGUACCAGCAGACAGUUCCAACACGGACUCCUAAAUUGAAGUCUAUGGUAAUCACGAAACUUCCUACUAAGCCACCACCAGGGCACAUCAAAAAACCAGUUCAUCAUUCUGAUUUUGGAAAGCUGCAUGUCAUAAAGAUGGUUAAAUCUAACACAUAUCUUCAAGUAGGAGGGAAAAGGUAACGAAGCUGCUGUGGCCACCAUGACAAGUCUUAUUCACCAGCAGAAAGACCUGGAAAACUCCAGUAACCACUUCUGGACAAGAAGGCCAAGGGCCAACAUCUUGGUGCAUGAUGGAGCAGGAACCUAAGAAACUAUUUCAUUGGGGGGUGAGGGAGAGGGCAUUCAGCCUCAAAACACAGUGCAUUGACUUUGCAUCACAUAGUAUCUAAGACUAGGGAUAUUUAAGUUUUUAUUUUUGUUUUUAAAAGUAGUACUCAAAACAUUCACAGAUUGUGGGGGGAAAUAAGGUACAGAUCCAUCUAACUUCUUAGCCUCUUCUUUCUUUGAAUCCAGCCCAUGGAAAAUCCGUAGGUUAUACUCUCCUAGUUCAGAAUAGAAAAAAAAAGUAAAAUCAGAUUUUCAGAAUGAAGUACAAGAUCUGAUAGCUUACAAGAACCCUAGCAAUACUACUAAAGCUAUUUCCCCCAUUUGCUGGAUAGUUCUUGCAAAGUUAUAUGCCUUAAGUUUCUUCACUCAACUACCUCUAGAAACACUGUCUCUUUCCACAGAUCUUUACUGAGCAGAACUUUUGCUAAGGAAGAACAUUAACUAGUUUCCAAUAAGUAGUAAGAAGAUUCUGUACUUGGGAGAGGAAAAGGUUAUUUCCCCCUAAAUAACAGACCAUCAAUAAACAUUUGUUAAGCACUUACUUCGUGCUAGGAAUUGCUGGGCAGUAGGGAUAUAAAACAUUUUAAAAGUCCCUGCCCUUAAAGAGCUUACACUUUAAUGUGGAAAUAACUCUACACAUACAUUUUGAGGGAUCCAGUUGAAGAAACUGGGAGUGUUUAGCUUAGAGAAAAGAUCUGGGGUGGUAGAAAAGGAAGAUUAAUCACUUAGAAAUAUUUGAAAAGCUGUCAAAUGGGGCUUGGACUUCUUAUUCUUGGCCACAGAAAAGACCUAGAAACAAGGUGUGGAAUUUGCAGAGAGGGAGGUUUCAGCUCUAUGUAAAGUAAAACUUCCUAACAAUCAGAGCUAUAUAAAAAUGUAAUGGGCUGCAGCUGAGCCUCAAUUUGCAUAAAUGAUGAAUCCCCUAAAGUAGUCACAUUAUUUGAAUUCACAUACUUUAUUUCCAUAGAGCUAGAGCCAAUCACCAUAUUCUAUAUAACUAACUUCAAAUAGGGACAGCUAGGUGGUGAGGAAGACUCAUUUUCAUGAGUUCAAAUCUGGCUUCAUACACUUACUACAUGUGGGACCCUGGACAAGUCAUUUAACUACUGGUCUCAGUUUCCUCAUCUGUAAAAUGAGCUGGAGAAGGAAAUAGCAAACCACUCCAGGAUCUCUGCCAAGAAGACCCAAAAAUGGGGUCAUAAAGAGUCGGAUAAGAUUCAAAUGACACCACAAAAAAAUUUAAUUUAAUUUAAAAAUUAAAACUUCAAAUAGUAAAGAUGCAGAUACAUGUGAAUACUCAAGGGAUUCAUUGUUCAAAUUAAUCAGAUCAAGUCAUAUAACAGGAAAUAAUAGGUUCCUCUUCACUUGAAAUCUUCAAGUGAAAAGUGGAUGAUGGCUUGUUGUGGAUGUUGUGGAGAGGACCGUGAUAAGGUCUGAUUUGAGUGCAUGGCCUCCUUUCCUACUCUGUGAAUCCCAUCAUGUACUGGAGACGAGAAUGGGGCAAAUAUCUCUGAUUCAUUUUUCCAGUGGACUUACUUGAUAUAUGUUAGAACUACUUUUUGUCUCUCAUCAGCCACAUGCAUGUGAGGCACUAAUAAAUAGGCUUAGAGUCAGAGGACCAUAGUUUCAAUCUUGGCUCUGCUAUUACUACCUGUGUGACCUUGAGCAAGAUAAUCCUCUUGGUCUAGGUGUCUUAUCUGUAAAAGGAAAGGGUUAGAUUAAACAAUAUCUAAAAUCCUUUCCAUCUCUAAAUCCUGUGAUUCAGUUACCACUUGGAAUAUAUCCUUGGCCCCAGUGCUUUAUGCAGAACAGUCAAGCAGGUAAAAGGAGAUAAUAUGUAGCAAAGUCGACAGUCUUUUGGUAGAGAGAAAAAUGGUGGUUUUGGUGUCAGAUGGUUUAAAAGUCUAGAAAAGGGAGAGAAAAAAAUAACUUAGGUUAAGGGACAAAAGAGUGGUAAGCGAACAGUGAAAUGAAAUAGGUUUAAGUCCCACUCCCAAAAACAAUAUAAGAAUGAUAAUCCAAAGGGAGCACAAGCCAUCAAGCAAUCCUCAAUAUGUGUGCCAUUAACUAACUAGUAGGUGAUUGGUUCACUGGGUAGUGAGGAAUUGGUCAACUGGUCAAAACAUAAGAUUUAAUGAAAAAGUAUAUUAAGGGAAGGCAUCAACCAAAAUAAAGAUGAGGAAAAUACAUUUUUUUGUGCAAUACACAAUCCUGAGUGUCACUAAUAAAAAGCCAACUGGGUAUACACCAAUGAGAUGAGAGUCUAGUUACAGUACAUAAAAUCUAAAAUAAUAUGUAAGAAAAAGGAAUAGAAAAAAAUUAAAGAGAAAGUUUAAAAUUGAAGUGCACACCCUAUUGUAAUUUUAAUUAAAUAUUAUUUAGGGGAGUAUUUUGUAUUUGGGAUUUCCUGGCCCAUAUCAGCCUUCCCCUCAAACUCUCAACACAUUCAUAAUGAGGUUUAUAAGAAAAAUAUAUGGUAAAGAGAGUCCUGGGCUUGUAGUCAAGAAUUAAAAUCUCUUGAGUUCAAAUCUCUUAAUACUUAUUAGCUGUGCUACCCUAGACAAGAUAUUUACCCUCUAUGUAUUUCAGUCAAUUCCCAAAGACUUGUCUAUUAAGUAAGAGAAGAUGCUACACCUAGAUGAUAGAGAAAAUUCCUAUACCAGGAGUCCCCUAAACUAAUGAAAUCAAAUCUCUUAUCUUUCUCCUAUGCAUUGGUAGUUAAGCUCACAAAGGAAAAAAAAAAUCAAAUGAAGAACAAGUAACAGGAAUGAGCUAAUUGAUGUAGAAAUAAGUAAAAUUAUGCAGGAAAACACCAAUUUGUUGGGUAAGUAAACAGCUACACCAAUAGGAAGCAUGAGUCUACCUUCAUCUGGAAAUGAAGGUUAAAUCCAAUUGUGUUAAAUUCCAUUGCAAUAACCACUAUAAUAUAAAAUUGUUUCUAAACAGCAAAAAAAAAAGAAAGAAAGAAAAGAAAGAAAAAAGGCCCGCUUAUUACAAGCAAUUCUGGUUGCUACAAAAUUUAAAAGUAAGAUUGCCCAAAAGUCUUAAUUGCAGUUUUAAUGUUUAACAGCUUAAAACUGCACUAAGACUUUUAUACUUCCUGUCUUAUAAAGCCCUUUGGAGUUUACUGAAAUAGGACUUGAUCCAUUUUACCUAUACAAAUGAAAUACAAAGCAACCGCCUUAGUACAACUGAUCUUGUGCUUCUACAUAAAGUGAGUUUCACUGUAGAAAAUUUAAAAAAAAAAGGGGGAAAAGUUUCAUCUAUACUUAGCUGUCCAAUUAAAAAAACCAACCAGGAAGCAGCAGCAGAUGAAAGUGAAUCAAUAUAAAUCCAAUAUUAAAAGAAUAACAAACACCUCAACUAUUUUUACACUGGUCUAUAUUUACUCUUAAAUUUACCUGGUCAUGAUUAUUUGGGGCAACAGCUCUCAUGUAAUGGAAAAGAGUUAAAAAUCUGAUCUGAGUUCAAGUUUCAGCUGUUUGACUUAAGUCCCUUCACUUCAGAGUCUCGGUUUCCUUAAUGGAAUGAGUAUUUGCAGGAUAUACCCCCACAGAAUUACUGUGAGGUCAAAUUAAAUAAGUCAUGUAAAGUGUUUUAUAAAUAGUAAUUUGAAAUAUGUACAUGAUGCAGUGGAUAAAGUGUCAGGCCUUGAGUCAGAAGACCUGAGUUCAAAUCCAACUUCAAGACAUACAGCUAAGUUAUGCUGGCCAAGUCACUUAACCCUGUUUACCUCAAUUUCCUCAUCUGUAAAAUGAGCUGGAGAAGGAAAUGGCAAAUCACUCCAGAAUCUUUACCAAGAAAACGCAAAAUUGGGUCAUAAAGAGUUGUACAUGACUGAACAACAAUAAUUAUGGCAUCGUGAUUUUUUUUAAAUCACUAUUCAAACUGUUUAAAUAAAAGGUUUGUCUUUUAAUAGAAAUGUUAUAUUUGAAAUGAAUAGUGUUAAAAAGCUUUGUUAUCAGACAGGUUAGACUUAAGUUUAAAACAAUGUAAUUACUGAAUUUCCAACUUCCUAUUUUUCUUGUAAAAUAUCCUAUCCUACUAAAAAAUAUUUUGAAUCAGUGUUAGCCUGGACUAACAAUCUUAGAAGGGUGUAUAGAGUCUUUAAAAAAAUAUUAUUCAUUAGCACUUUAAUAAUGUGGUCAAUGAUAAGAAAGUUGGCAAAAUAUCAGGUGAUUGAAGUCUACUAUUACAGGUGUACAAAUUUUAAAUUCUGUUUUUAUGGAGAAAAAACAGGACACUUAAUAAAGCAUUCAAAAGAUUUGCAGUGAUUUUAAAAGCUCAUUUAGUCAUGCUGAUAUACUGGGUUGUUUACUUGAUUUUAAUUUAGAAAAGUAGACAUAAUGGAAAUAUUUCUGAAUUUAGGCUUUUAGAGAUUACCAAGAAAUGUUUUUAUCAAGAACUAUAUGAAAGAAUUUACUAUAAACUUAUAAGUAGUAAGGACUACUGAUGAUAUGUAUAGAUGGUAAGCUUUCAAAAAUGCUUUAAAGUUCCUUUAAAGUUCAGUUCAUCCUUUCCAAAAUCCAUUAUAAAGAAAUUUUUUUUUAAAAAUUAAUAACAUGCUUUGCUUUUUCUCUUUUAAUCGUUAAAAGUAUACAUUUUUAUUGGUUCCAAGAACUUAUUGUAUGUGGCCAUAUUAACAAAUAUAUGUAUCUAAGAAAACAAAUUCCCCAAGGUAAUAGAAUAUCUUUUCACAAAUUAAUUUAUAAGCAACUACCACAGGAUCAGGCAAGCAGUGAAUACUCAGCGAAUGUUUUGGAAAGUAAAAUUUGUUGUAGUUCUGCUAUUUGACAUCAAAAUCUAUGUAAAUUUAAAUGUAAACAGACAUUUCAUAUUGUCAUUCAACAUUUCAAAGAAUAUAAACAGCAUAUUAUAGAACAAGACUCCAGAAUAAGACUAAAAAAUAGCAUAUUCUCACUUGUAACUGAAGUUGUUCAGGUUUAAAGAAAUUGACCCAAGGUAGUUCACGGUUAAUUCUACCUCCUGAAGGAUUGGGGAUAAUUGAGGGAAUGUAAUUUAAAGAAGACAGUUAGCCUUCUGAGAAUUUCCUAAUAUUAGGAAGAAACUAGACAAAAUACAGAUGAGGCAUCUUUCAACAGUAUCAAUAAGAAGAUAUAUAUUGAUCCCAGAUGACAAUUAUAUCUUGCAACUACUGAAAUUAAUUUUCAUUUACAGAGUAGAAGCCCCAAAUCUCUGGGGCAACAAAAACAGUUUUCCUUUCAAAGUACCACUUUAAUCACAAUCCAAAUACAGUUAGAGUAGAGAACUUUACUAGGUGUUUUAUUUUGCAACAAGGACUUCCAUUGGCACUAUACAAAAAGAAAGGCAACAGCUGUCAAAUCAUUUGGGUGGCCAAACCACAGACUUUCUGUAGCUCAAGGUGUUCUACUGAAAAACAUUGAUUACAGUUUAGGAAACAUAUAUAAAUCUCUGAUACAGUCCAAUUUUGGCCAUUUGCAUGGCCAAACCAUAUAAUUUUUACAACAUAAGAUAUUCUACUGAAAAACAUUGCGUAGGCCCAUAUAAAUCACUGUGAAUAAAGCCCAUUUUAAAAAAUAGAAAUAACUUUGUUUAAUGUAUUUAUUACUGCCUCCAACAUAAAAUAAAAAAUUUUCUGUUUGAGUGUUAAAGUUCUUCAUAAUCUGGUCCCUUUCUAUCUUUCCCAUCUUUUUAAACCUUAUCCCCUCCAUGCAAUCAGACAUUUGAUGACUCUGACCUUACCAAACAUGAAUCUCCAUCUGCUGACUGCAUUCUCACUGGUUGUCCUCCAUGGCUGAAAUUCUCUUCCUUCUUUUAAUGUGGUUUUUUCCCCUCAUUUUUUAGAAAGUAAACAUUUUGGGCGUAGAGACUGUUUCUUUUGCUUCUAUUUUGUUCUCCUUAGUACUUAGCAGUACUUAGCAGUACUUAAAGCAGAGUACCUAGCAUAUGGUCAGCUCUUAAUAAAAACUUGCUGACUCAAAAAAUCCCUGUGUUCAAAACCCAAUUCUAACAAAAAUUAAGUCUCUAUGUACAAAUUGUUUAAAAGCCUUACAACUCAAUUUCCACAUCUGUAAAAAUGGGCAUCAUAGUUGGAGUAACACAUGAUAUAUUAAAAGAUU